GCGCAGCUUGGCCACCGCUGUGGGGGUGCUCUGGCCGUGUUGGCGCGUGCAGAUGUCGUGACGGUGCUGCAACUCAAACCGCGCCUCUCCGCAUUUUGCCAGAGCCUAGCCAAACGGCGCAUUGACUCGAUUGCGGGGUUGCAGGGGUCCUGGUGCCAACGGCAAGGGUUGUCUCAACAUGUUACCACCAUCAACUGACAUGUGGAAUGGUCUCGCCUGUCCGUCUGAGCAUCCAGCCAGCCCCUUUGCUUAUGCUUCCCCCCACGGCUGUCUGGCACACUUGUUCAUUGUUUUACUCACUUUUAUCCGGGCGUUUUAUUCCAGGGAGAAACGAAACAAAAGUUUUGAUGUUACCAUUCCGCUUCUACCUUUAUUAUUACUAGUGUUUGUUUGUCACCACCAUGGAGGGGGUUAUCGGGGCCUUUACCAACUUUGGACGACGGAUUGUCCCCCCUCGCACGGCGCUUUUUUCACAUCCCCAACCUCUCGAGCUCUCUUAUCAGCCGCUCUCACUGUCACCUUGCACCGCAUAUGUGACUGCAUUCCACCAAUGCGGGCCCCGGGCGACCGAGGCCAUCUGGAGCGUCGCUUCGCUUCGCUUCCGGACUCUUAUCUACAUUUCUUCUUUUGGGAUUUCUUUUCUCUUUUUCUUUUCUCCUUGCGUCUUCUCUCCUCUUAUUUCAUUAAAGACUUUUUAUUGCCUCUUGGCACAAGAUUAUUACAUGUCACAUGGAUUAGAUAUAAAGCAUGACAUGACAUAGGUAUUUGGAUGAUGAUUCGGCGGCGCUUUUGCAUGGAUAUUUCAUAUACAUUUAUUUAUUAUACUAUAUACUAAAAGACGGAGAGGCAAAA